AUGCGUCCUCUCCGCUUCCUAUUGCUGCUGGUGUUCUUUAUCGCACUGCCUAUAGUAUUGACCUGUUGGACGCUCUUCUGCUCAUCGGAUGGAAGUGCUGCGGAUUCCUUUCAUGCAGGGUACACCACCAGGUCGACUCGCCUACGGGCACUGUUCUCCUUCUCGACGCCAUCCUCUCUGUUCCCGCCUUCCGCCGUCAUCAGUCUGACCAACGACAACUCAACGUUCUUUCUCGCCAGGCCCGCUGCAUUCGGGCCCAGCUUGCCGUCCAGAGGCCUCAGCGGCCAACUUUGGGUGGGCAAGGGAUUCGGAGAUGAUGCUUUACUGAAAGAGGAAAACCUUCACAAUGUUGGAUGGGAAUUGGGCUGUUCCGAUGUGCCAGGAUGGGAGGAGGAAGCCUCGAAGAAGUUACAACAUCUCCCCUCGGUCAACAACGGUCAUAUCAAUGUUCCACGCGAUUUAGAAAAGCAUGGUUUGUCAAACGAGGCCGUCCCUGAGGAUUCACCGGCUGUGGAUGCCCUGUUGCCUGCUGACGACGGCACGGACGACUAUCUACACCGGCCUCUACCCGAUUCAAACCCUGCCGCCCCUGGCCAACCGGGUGAGCCUGCAAAUGCUGACCCAUUGCCCAAGGCCAAAGCGGCCACGCACGCCGACAUUGAGUCAUUGCAAGAGAGUGCUGAUAUUGCGGGGAAGAUUGUGAUGCUUAGUCGUGGUGGCUGUGGGUUUUUGGAAAAGGUGAAAUGGGCUCAACGUCGUGGGGGCAUCGCCCUUAUUGUCGGGGACAACGAGCGAGGAGGUCAAUUGACCAUAAUGUACGCCAAGGGUGAUACAUCAAACGUUACGAUCCCGGCCGUUUUCACGUCUUAUACGUCAGCCCACCUGCUUUCAUCCCUUGUUCCGCCAGAGGUGGGAGACGACGAAGAACCCAUAGCCAAGACGUCGGACAAACACUCGCAGGGCUCACCCAUUUCACAUAAAGGCGUCAAGCCGAAGUUGCAGGGGGAUGGGCCAGUCUUUACGUCGACCAAAUCCAGCAGCACGCGCCCGACCAUUGUGCCAGCUGGUGGCCCUGAUGGUGACGUUGUUGACAAGGAGAGCAACUGGAUGGAUAGCAUGCUUUCUAAACUUGGCCUUGGCGAUAACUCCCCGUUCUCCCAUGCCGAGGACAGCCGUCGACCACCCAGUAGUGGCAAUAUCGAUUGGAUUCUAGUGGAGGACUGGGACGAUGACUUGUCUCCAAAUGCCAUCAAUCCGGCCGAGACAGCGUCCAACAUGGCUACCACGUCCACCUCGCCCUCGAAGCCCAGAUCCACAUCCACAUCUGCUCCUAAACGUGCUGGGGCAGAUGAUUUCGUGAUAGGGGUUCAAGACUGGAGGGAUACCGAUUUGGUUGCACCCAAGCCUACAACCAGCUCCUCCAGCGCUGCUGCCAACUUGAAGGAUGCUGUUGGCGAUACUCCGAACACUAUAAAAGCUUCAAGUGACCCCGGAGCCACUCUCAAAGGUGGCAGCAUUACUCCAGGGAGCGGUGAGUACGAUCAUGAGAAAUCCAAUUCACCAAACCGCUUUCAGAGAGGCGGGAAGCAGACAAAGAGUCAUGAUGGCAAGCCUAAGCAGCCUCAGGAACAGCCUCGGUCGAAGAAUUCUUGGCUUGAUGUUCUAAGAUCAAAGGACUCGGUGGAUAUCUCCAAAAAACCGCCACCUCAAACUCAGAAAGAUGAUCAAGGACCAAAAGAGAAGGAUACUUCACAACACAUACAGGCACAAGAUGAGCAGCAGCCUGGGCUAUGGGUCACUCUUACACCUACCAGUGUGUCGACUAGUCCAUUCUUUGACACUCUCCUUGUGCUGGUGGUCAGCCCACUAGUGACUCUGACGGUCGUUUAUGCACUAUUACUGCUUCGUUCGCGGAUUCGGCGGAGAAGAUGGCGAGCACCGAAAUCUGUGGUUGAGCGGCUACCUGUACGCACAUACCAUACGAUUUCCACCGCCUCAUCGACCACUUCUUCGCAAGUCGCAUCUCCAAAUAACGCUUCGGCCACAUCCCCGUUGCUGAUGUCUGCCUCGCAAAACGUUCAACAGAGGCCUCGCCCCCGAUCGCAGACAACGAAUGACAUAUUUUCCGGUGGGAGCACAGAUAGCUCAUUGUCACCGUCCAAAAGUCCACCAGAGAAGAAGCAAACCAAAGCCACCAAGCGCAAGCGAUAUACAGGUCGCCAGAUCGAAUGCGUUGUCUGUCUUGAGGAGUAUGUUGAUGGCGAGAGUCGGGUGAUGUCUCUCCCUUGCGGUCAUGAAUUCCAUGCCGAGUGUAUCACACCUUGGCUUGUGAACCGUCGUCGAACCUGCCCAAUCUGCAAAGGCGAUGUGGUUAGGAGUCUUGCCCACGCAAACACGGAAAGGUCUGACGAAGGAGAAAGCGGGGAUGAGCUGACGAGCGACGAUGUCCAAGACCGUGUCGCCCAAACCGCCAAUGAGGAGCCCAGUGCCGCGAUCCCCAUUCCUUCACUUGGUCGAGGGGAAGAUGGCCGAGAAGAUGUUGACGAAGACAUCGAGAGAGGACACGACGUCGACAUCCCUUUAGUAGGUGACAUGCGCGGACGGGAACGACAAUCCUUAUGGAGAAACCUCAGCGCCAGCGUCAGUCGUCUCAGUGGUGACACGCUUUGGAGGCAGACGCCCCUAGACCGUAAUCGGUGA